UCUCCUGGCCAGCCCAGUAUCCCAGUGCGCUCGCCCCCGCGUCAGGCUGUGUGGAAAAAACUGCAGCGGCUGUUACCGGAGCCACGCAGAGAGGAGCUGUGUGCGAAAAAUCACUCGCACUGGCACAAGAGUUGAGCUGUACACACUCGGACUGUCGUUGUUACCGCCGAACACGACGUUGUCAAAACCGGGAUUUAUGGUUGCUAAGAAGCCGUAGUAUCGACGGGGAGAUCUCCGGCGUCUCAAAGGGCUGCAGAGGUGUCGUGAUUUGCAGGAUCUUUGAAUGACAUGAGAUGGAGUCUGACAUCGAAAUACAGUCGUGGGGCAAAUUGGCUGCAGCCUUAGGAUGCCCUGUGGCUUUGUCUGAAUCAGCUACUUUUGUGACUUUCAGGCCAAUAACACUCAAGACAACAGGGAGUCGCAUAGCCUGGCAGGUUCCAGCAGUGGGUGCUCUCCGCUUCACCAACUGGGACUCCAUGGCUGCCAGUGCUGCCGCUUGAUUCAUUGCACUGUCUGGUAUCCCCAAUGUUUGAGGCUUGAGUAAAGUUCAUCAUUGUUGUACUACAGUUAGUUCCUGUAGCCAGUAGCUUCAUGGAGGGGUUUCCUGUCCACUGACCCAGCAGGCUGCCUCACAGGAACAGCAGCCAUGUCCGCCUGCAGCACAUUCACCGAGCACGUGUGGAAACCAGGCGAGUGCAAGAACUGCUUUAAACCUAAGAGUCUGCACUGUCUGGCCCAGAGUGGUGGAGGGAAGCAUCCCUCUGAGCAGAGGGCUCCAGCAUCUCAGCAACAGAUUCCACCCCCUGCUGGAGCCAGAGCCAACCCUAACCUUGCCAACAACUCCCAGAGGGCUGGCAGUGGGUCAUCCCGCUCAGGACACUUCCGUCCACCAGUGGCUAAGAAGCCAACCAUUGCUGUUAAGCCAACUAUGAUGCUGCCCUGCUCUUCUGCAGGACUGGAUUCAGAUGGCAACAUGCAACGACCAACAAAUGUAAUAGAACAGGGCAAAACAUCAGCCUUCGCGGUCUGGAAUCGCAAUGGACUGAAUUGUAAGAGGCCAGGUGGUCCUAGCAACAACAACGAAGGAGAGGAUGGCGUUGAGGAGAUUGAAGGUUAUGGACAACUUAGCCCAAGGACCCCUAGUGGAAAUAACAACAACAGUGGACUGACAGAUGUCCUAAAAGAGAUUGCUGGAUUAGGCCCCGGCCCAAACCCCAUGCAUCUUUCUGUCUCUAAAGACUUGUUCUGGGGGCGAAUCAGUAGCUCAUACCAACGGUCCUUGGAAAGAGGCCUUCCAGCCUCAAGCUGUCUUGCCAUGGGAAGCAGCAGUAGCGGUGGUGGCUCUGCUCAAAAACGGGUAUCCCUUAGUGAUAGCACAGACAUCAUCAGUGCAGAGGGGGGUCGCUUUUGCUACCCAGAAUUUUCUAGUGAAGGCGAAGAUGAUGAGGAUGAGGAGGAUGAGGAGGAAGAAUCUGAAAGGGAUGAUGAUGAACAUGAGAGCUGGGAUGAAAGUGAUGAAGAGUUACUAGCCAUGGAGAUCCGUAUGCGAGGCCAACCACGAUUUGCACAUUUCCGUGCAGCCACAUUGUCUCCGGUGCCCUUUGCUGCAGGAAAAAAGUGGAAUACCGUUCCACUGCGCAACCGCUCACUACAGCGGAUUUGUGCGGUAGACUAUGAUGAUAGCUAUGAUGAGAUCUUGAAUGGAUACCCCUCCAUGGACUCCAAUGGAGCUCUUCUUCCCUAUGGACCUCGUGACAUGCAAGGCAGUGGUUUCCUCACAAAUUCAGAGUCCACCACUUCUCCAGAGUCAUCGUCAUCACUACCAGAGGAUUCUCGGACAACCUCCAGCAGUGGGAGCAGUGUGUCCUGUGCUCUUCGAAAUGGCUUGCAUUCUCCCACAUCCUCCAAAGCACCUGUCCCUUGCACUUCUCCUCCAAAAAAGGAGCCCGUCCACAGAGCGCUGAGUCCACUCAAGGUGGCUGAAACACACAAAGCUGUCCUGGCCAUUAGAUUAGAAGAACAGGAUGGCAGAGAAGGUGCGUCAAUGCCUCAAGCCCUUCCAGGUCAACCAGUUACUAUCAGUUUUAGUCCUACAGAGGAGCAAGCUAAACCAUACCGUGUAGUGAAUCUGGAAAAAUCGCUUAUCUGUAAGCCUUAUACUGUAGUGGAUGUGUCAGCAUCUAUGGCCAACAAAGAUGAACAGAUUCCAGACUCUACUCCAAAACCCAAAAACCUGUCAAUGCCUUCCAGCCCUACAUCAUUCUGUAGCACUCCUUUAGGUCAGUCCCUGUCUCCAACCUCCCCUAUUUCUCCAUCUUCGCCUGUGAAGCCAACAUCAACCACAUCUAUUGCCCCCUCAAGUACCUCCCGAAAGAAAUUAGGGAGCAUACGCUACCAAGAAGUGUGGACAUCAAGCACAAGUCCUCGCCAAAAGAUACCUAAAGUGGAUCUGGGGGUUGGGAGUACUCCUGGCCCCUCCAUCCCUUUUCAACACUUCAGCCACAAGUCAGCUCCCACUUCUCCCAUUGCUGGGCUGUCUUCCUCCCGCACUGUACCAGUGAAAUCCCCAAACUUAUCAGAGAUCAAGUUCAACAGUUUCAAUAACGCAGGCAUGCCUCCUUUUCCCAUUAUUAUCCGAGAUGAGCCAGCCUAUGCCCGCAGCUCCAAGAAUGCUGUAAAGGUACCUAUCGUUAUCAAUCCAAGCGCUUAUGACAACUUAGCUGUGUACAAGAGCUUCUUGGGACUCAGUGGGGAACUGCACCAGCCAAAAGGGGUAGGUAGUAGGGUGACCAGUCAUACUUAUGAAGAGAUUGGAUCUUCUGAAAGUGUCCAGUCCUCCUCAACAGAGAAAACCAUCUCUGGUAGAGGCACAUCAGAGAGAGCUUCUUUUGAGGAGACAAAAGCUCCACUUGAAGCAUUGUCAAAAGCACCAAAUUUACAACCUAGAACCACUACAGACUCUAGCACUGUGACAAGCACUGUGAUGAGCUCCAAUGUUGGGGCUCUCUCUCCCACUGCAUCAAUUAAUUCCCCUGCCAUUCUUGCCAUUACUGCAAACCUACCUAAAAACAGCCCCACUGCCAAUGCUGUUUCACGCACUUGCAAGACAAGUGGAGACACUAUUUACAGUAAUGAUGAUGAUACCGACUUAGUUUUGUCGUCUGGAACAGUGGUAAGCCACAGGGAGGAGGCCAGUGCUGUGCUUUCACAGAUUGUGGCCUCCAUCCAGCCUCCUCAGUCUCCUCCAGAGUCACCUUCAGCACAUGACAAAACUUUCGGUUCUGAGGAGCUGUACGCCCUGCCACCUGAUGCCAUGAAGGAGACCCUCACACGACCCAAGUCUCUCUUCUCUGCAACUGAUGGCUGUCUUUCCAAACCCAAGAAGGACACGCCCUCGAAAGUUUUGUCUAAAUCCCAGAGUGCCUCUGCUGCUGUUACACUCUCCAGCACCCGGUCAGAGCCAAAUGCCCCCUUCCCCCCUCCCAGAUCUACAUCUUCCCCUUACCAUGCUUCUAAUAUCCUCCAGAGACACUUUGGCAACUGGACCAAGAGCUCCGCUUCCAGUUCUCCUGUACGACCCAGUGAAGGUGAAGCAAGUCCAGGAGGAGAGGGGAGACGUAUUUCAACAGAAAGUUCUAAACCCAAACGUUGGAUCUCCUUCAAGAGCUUUUUUCGUCGGCGGAAAGAGGAGGACGAACAGAGAGAGAAGGUGGAGAGAGAGAAGGAGAAAGGGAAGCUGGUUGGGCUUGAUGGAACAGUCAUUCACAUGCUUCCACCACCACCAAUUCAACAUCACCAGUGGUUCACCGAGGCCAAACCUGAGGAUCCCACUCAGAAACCAACCAUCAUAUUCACCUGCAAACCAGAGAGUGGCAGCACUCCUGGUGAUGGAGAAGGAGAAUUACGAGUAGAGGAGUGCAGAGAAACUGCACUACUGACACCUGAUGAGAGCAAGGAGCCCAGACCUUUGAGCCCAGGGCGAACACCACCAUCACACACCACUGGAGGCGAUCUCAACAGCAAGGACAUGAGCCAGGUACCAGUCAGUGCCAGCAAUGCCAGGGAUCGGGAGCUGCCCGGUGCUGCCUCCCUGCCUGCCAGAGUGAAUCUGGGGCUGGUGCUUGGGGAGGGGGAGGAGGGCCGCACAAACCAGGUUGCCACACCAGCCUCAGCCAGCGAGGGCAGCGCCAGCCUAGGAGAGCCAGAGGAGGACGGGAAUCACUCCCAUCAUUCCCACUCUCCCGCCUCCAGCCAGUGCAGCGCUACCUACAGCAACCUGGGUCAAUCCAGAGCCAACAUGAUCCCACUGAAACAGCCAAGGAACAUCAAAGCAUCCAACGACACUCUGGCUUCCAUCGACCUUGAUGGCCCAACGGACCAGCCAGCCCCUAAGGCCACACCACCACCACUACCUAAAAAGGCUGUUCCUCGCUCCAGCACAGAGCCCAGCCUGGGAGGUAAAGAGCCAACCCAGGGAGCCCUGAGACCUCGGGCUGAAGCCAAACCUGGGGGCACCAACCUGAGUGUGGCCAACCCCCUCUACGACUUGGACUCCACCUGGGAGACAGCCAGUCAGAGCUCCUCUCUCAGCUCUGAGCCACACCGAGCCCAUGAACACGAGAGCGGUGACUCCCUGGAGAGGCCAUCAGUUGCCACGGCCACCAACAAGGGUCGCCCGACUAACAGCAUGUCCUCCCUGGUUCAGCAACCCGCUGCUGCCCUCAGCGCCACCAGAGAGAGGAGGGCCUACCCAAGUACAGAGUCUCUUGCAGGGAGGGGUCGGACAACCGGUCGAGGUGCUGCUGCUGCUGCUGCUGCUGCUGGAGGAGGUGGCUCCAAGCCCCAGAGACCUGCUCUUUACAGGGGGUUGGACAGCUGGGAUGAGGUGGUGGGGAGGAUCAGGGGGCUCCACACGGACACGCUGCGGAAGCUGGCAUCCAAGUGCGAAGACCGUUUCAUGGCUGGCCAGAAGGAUCACCUGAGGUUCGGCACUGACAGCUGGUCCCACUUCAGGCUGACCACUGGGAAACCUUGCUGCGAGGCUGGAGACGCUGUAUACUACACUGCUUCCUACGCCAAGGACCCGCUGGUCAACUACGCCAUCAAGAUUUGUCGGAGCAAAGUGAAGGAGACCCAGCAGCAGUUUUUCCACAGCCUGGCAGUGAGGCAGAGCCUCGCCGUGCACUUCAACAUCCAGCAGGACUGUGGACACUUCCUGGCUGAUGUCCCCACCCGCCUGCUGCCCUGGGAAGAGGAAGAAGAUGAGGAGGAGGAAGAGGAUGAGAAGGAAGAUGUAAACGGGCUGAAGGAGAAAGAGAAAGGGAUUAAGACAGAAACCAAGACGACGGACACCAAAGCUCCAAACGGUAAAUUAGAUGAAACCCCAGCAGCAGGUCACAUGACCGCCGCCGGGCGCUUAAGGAGCCGAGUGGUGGUCAUCACACGCGAGGUGCCCUUCCAGACGGUGGCUGACUUUGUUCGAGAAGGCGUGUCCCGACAUACCCAUAACCCAGAGCUGUACGAGCGUCAGGUCUGUCUGCUGCUGCUCCAGCUCUGCUCUGGCCUGGAGCACAUGAAACCCUACCAUGUGACCCACUGUGACCUGCGACUGGAGAACUUGCUGCUGGUCCACUGCCAACCUGGCAACCCCUGGAAUCUGGACAUCCUGGAGCCCAACAACAACAGCAACAGCAGCAGCGGCGGCAGCUCUGGCGCGACCUCCGCUAGUGCCGCCGCCGCAGCCGCCAACGCCACCUGCCCCGCCCGCCUCAUCAUCAGUAACUUCUCCCAAGCCAAACAAAAGAGCACUCUCAUGGCCGCCGAUCCUGGUACGCUGCGCGACCAGUCACGGCUGGCGCCCGAAAUCGUCACAGCGACUCAGUACCGCAAGUGUGACGAGUUCCAGACCGGGAUCCUCAUCUAUGAGAUGCUGCACCGGCCGAACCCCUUCGAGGAGACGCCGGAACUGAAGGAGCGGGAGUACACGUGGGCCGACCUGCCGCCGCUGCCGGUUCGAUCGCUCUAUUCACAGGGCCUGCAGCAGCUGGCCAGGUUACUGCUCACAGUCAACCCCUCUGAAAGGAUCCGGAUGUCCGAGGCCCGGGCCUGCCUGCAAUGUCUGCUGUGGGGCCCUCGGGAAGACUUGUUCCAGGCGCUGGGCUGCAGCAGCACAGGCCCCAUGUCUGCAGUCACCUCCAGUCAGCGUGAGGCAACACUCCAGAACUGGCUGGACCUGAAGCGGACACUGAUGAUGAUCAAGUUCGCCGAGCGUUCAAUGGACACAGCGUGCGGUGUGAGCCUGGAGGACUGGCUGUGCUGCCAGUAUCUGGCGUUUGCAACCACAGACACCCUGAGCCGGGUGGUGCACAUCCUGCAGCAGCCGCAGCCACAUCCUCCGUCCCAGAACCAGACGCAGCCAGCGCACGCAGCACAGAACCAAACCCAAACCCAAACACAUCUAGCACACUCCUUCCACCUGACUCAGUCACAGCCACUCUGAGUUCCUCUGCUGGUUGUUACUAUGGUAACAGAUCCAACUUCCCCCCCCCCGUGUGGUCCCUCUGCUGACGCUAAUGUGUGAUGCAAGCUAAUAGUCAGCUUUGUCGCAGCAGCCACAGUGCUCACCUAACACUAAUAGCUGGUUGUGCAAUGUGUGUGUGUUUUCAAAUCAAUCCACAGAGUGAGAGGCCGUGCUCCCAUCAGACAGCUUCAUGAUCGAGGGUUUUCAAGAGGCUCAGAUUACCAUCAGCAGGAAGUGCAGCAAAUGAAGUGGCUCUCUAACACCGGCCAAGAUAAUAUGAAAUACGGUAGCAAAUGAAAGUAAUUUUUGGCUCUUGACAGAGAAUUGGCAAACAUUAGCAGCUCAUCCUGUGUGUUCUAACACUCCACUAGUACUUGAUCAAAGACAUUCACCAAAUGUGUGAGGGAUUUUUAGAUUUGUGUGUUUUUUCAGCAAUGUUCUGCAAGAUUACGGAGUUGUGAGAGCUAUAUAUUAGAUACAGUUUGCAGGGCGGCUGUCUCAACGGUUUAUUUGAGACAGUGUCAAAUGGAAUAAAUCUGAGAUUUUAUAGUUACACAUUAAUGUUACACAUUAGUAUUUUAUAGAAAAGUUUCACCAGAUUCACAUUUAGAUAUUCUCAAAGUAUUUUGUGUCUGGAGAGGAAACUUGAGAUUUUUGUCCCAAUUAUUCAACUCAUUAUUGCAUAGUAUUGUAUUUUAAGGAACAAUUCACUCCUCAAAAGACACUGAUUGAAUUAUGGAAAAACUAAGAAGAGAAAUGAAGGGAGAGCAUUUGAAGUGAAGGGAAUGGGGGGAAAAAGCUAUUAAGUCAUCUUAGAAAUCAAAUCUAAUCAGGUUGAUUAGGCCUAAUCAGAUUUUUUUAAUUAAGAGUGAUGGGAAAAGGGAAAUAUAUUUCACCAGUGAAGCCAAAGAUCUGCCACGAAUUGUCCAUUUUAACACGCUAAAGAUAUUUUUACAAGAUUACAGCAACUAGUCACUAAUUAAAUAUUGGUUAGUCCCAAUGUUUGCACAGAUCAAUGAAAUGUCAUUUUUUUAUGUUUAAAAAAAGUUCUAGCCUGUCUGGAGUUGUUGCUGUUGUAUCAUAUCAUACUUUUAACACUUCUGCACGGGGGCUUUGAGCGAGGUAGGUGAUGAAUGUUGAGCUAAAUCUGGCUUUGCAGUUUUGUCAGUUAACAAGUUUUAGACGUGUUCUCUCUCUUUCUCUCACUCUUAUUCAGGCUUUGAAGUUAAAAUGGGACACAACUCUCCCCAGCUGUUGGUUUGGUUUCUAGUCGGAGUAUGUGCAAUUAAUAUAUUUUGUUUUGUUGUUGUCUUUUAGAGGUAACGGUAACAUUUUUAACAUGUUAUGCCGCCUUUUACUAAUUCUUUCUUCCUUUUUUUGUUUUGUGGCACAUAAACUGAUUCACGUCAGUUCAAUUCUGCAACUGUAGAAACAAAGUUAAGUUCAGUGUAAAGACUUUCUUACAGUGGAUGGGAGACAGGGAUGUUUCAGGGACUGCCAGAAGGCGGUUAUUCUUUGUCUAUUGUGUUGUUUUUGUCAAGUUGUUUUUGAACGGUUCUGCGUUACGGAUGACAUUUGCACAUUCAGUCUGAACGUUGGCGCUCCUCGAUGGAGACCGGAGGACAUGAUGAUGAUGAUGAUGAUGAUGCAGGAGAAACUGAGGAGAGUUCCUGUGAAUUUGAGGAACUGGAAAUGAUUUUUUUUUUUUUUUUGCAGCGUGUGGAAUGUAAAAGUUUGCCUGGACUGAAACGGACAUUCGGACCUGUUCUCAUCUGCUUUCUGAACACACUCAUCUUCCGACUGAACCACUUCUGUUUCACAUAGAAACUCUUAUGUGUACGAAACAACCACAGCCUCGAGACAGACAAACAACCCCAAACACUGAGACUUGCUUCCAUUCCACCUGCCUUGUUUACCGUCCUCUUGUUAUCCAGCUUAACAGGAUGGCAGAUCGUGCAUCGAUGCUCACCGCUUGUCACUCUACAGAUUUAUUCUGCUUUAAUUAAAUGAGCUGUGUGUUAUUGAUCAGUACCUUCUAGCCUGGAGUCAGUGGAAGUAACACAUUUACACAAGCCUCAGUCUCCACAUGUAUGCACAUUGGUUUAUUUAUGGUUAUGAUGAACAAACACUGUAAAAAGCAUCUUAAGCUCAGUGUUCUUUUUGUGCAGAACGUUCCCUUGAUAUUUAUCCAGGUGGACGGAUGUUUUCAGACCGACACUGCAGAAAGGCUUUGCAUCCACAAGUUUACUUUAUUGUCUUCGAUUGCGCUGUUGCUCUUUUGCAUUGUCACCACCUCUGGGUUUUCUUUUCAUUUUCUGAAAUACUGCAGCAGUUCAGCUUGUCACUUGGGGAAAAUGUACUUUUUGGGAUCAGGAUCCUGUGUUAGUUUUACUGCAGAUGUACAGCACAAGACUUAAUGGUCCAUGGAGCGCAAAUGAGACAAAGCAGGUGUGUGUGUUUAUUGCUGCGUUUAAAGGGUUUGUGUACUAAGGAAUGUGUGUGGACGGCACUGGUGGCUGUCCUUGUAUCUAGAGAUUUAAGCCUUUAUAUAGUAUAUAUAUAUAUAAAUAUAUAUAACCUUUAUCUAUUUUAAUCCACACACUAUUUUGUCGAGUAUGGAGCACCUCUAUUUCAGUCUUUAGAGAGUCUAAAUAUCAUUUAUUCACUUGUAAAGCUUUACUUGACUUUCUUCAACCUUGCUUGUUUUGGGGGAAGAAAAAAAGGUGAGAAGUUAUCACUGUCCUAAACACAGGAUAAAGAAAAAUAGAUCAGAGGAAGGAGCAUUAAUAUACAGAACAAUGUACAGUAUUUUUACCCCCCCUUCUUGUAAAUUUACCUGCUUAGGAGUUGAACCACUUUGAAAAGAGGCCGAAGGAUAGCUUUCGAACGCACCAUUGAAACCCAACAUUUCAUUAACAGCGACUGUACAGCCUACAGCGAGUAUCAUUUUCUUUUUCUCUCUGUUUGCUCUGGUUUUCUCUUUGCAUUGUUAAUUGCCACUGAACAGAAAAACAGAAUCUCUGUAAGGCUUUCUAUUGAUAUGUGUACAGUAUGUCUCCUGGCCUGCCGCCAUUUAUUGUUAAUCAAGUUAACCGUAACAGAACAAUAAAUAUAUGUUUUUAUAUAUA